ACCGUGGUGAUGGGCAGUUUUAUUAUUCACGAGUCUAGGCUGGUGGUGACCUCCGUUCCGGCACCUUCAUCGUCGGCCAUCAUCCACCAGCAACAUUCCGAAUUCGACAGAGUCCUCAAGAGCCGCUGGAAAGAGGUCGCUGAUUCAGCCGUCUGCUUUUACCGUCUUGACCGCCUUCAGAAUAAAGUUAUUGCGGGGAAGUACGGAUUCGUUGCACAGUACAAUCCGGAAAAGUCCAAACCCGGAUGGAGACGGCCGGCUCAGAAUUUCCAGAAGGUGAAUCCCAAUUUCGAUGUCAAACAGUUUAACUUUAAUCAAGUUACCGAGAGGGAGGUCGUCAUGGGGCCGGAGGAGCUACCAGCCGUCGAAGAAGACGAAACCGAUACGUUCCUCCUCAUCAACAUCAGUCCGAUCGAAUUCGGCAGUUGUUUACUGGUGCCCCGGAUGACGCAAAAUAUCCCGCAGCUCAUCACGCUUCACGGCCUGCAAGUUUUGCUGUCAACCGUUUUGCUCAGCACCGAUCCACGUUUGAAGGCCGGUUUUAGCAGUGCGGGAGGCUGCGCCUCGGUUAAUCACCAGCAUUAUCACGUCUAUUACCUAGAGGAGCAGCUUUAUCUGGAGACGGCGCCAGUGGAGCGCAUAGCUGGUCCGUGUUUCGCCGUGACGGAUUAUCCGGCUAAAGGAUUCGCCUUUCAGCUCGACAAUAAUGAUCCUGCCCAACUGGCCAGGCACGUUUUCACCUUGGCUGAUUACAUGAGGCAAAACGAAAUGGCUCACAAUAUGUUCAUCACUCGCGGGAGAGGUUUCGACGUCAAGCGGCCGGGGUUGUCGGCCGACGCCGACGUCCAUUACGGAAAGAUUUACGAGACGCUGCGCGUCUUUCUGUGGGCGCGAGAACCCGCUUUCGGAGUGAAGAAAGAUUACGGCAGCAUGAAUCCCGCCUUGUGCGAGAUGGGCGGCCAUUUGCUCACGACAGAUAAAUCCGAGUAUGAAGCGAUGACAGAGGAGGCGGUCUCGAAUAUCCUGCAGGACAUGACGUCAUCUUGGUUUCAGCGCGUUCUCCCGAAAAUCCCGCUACUUUUUCACGACACUUUUCAAGAUUCCUCUUGAUAGAACAAUUAUUUUUGGCGCUUAUUGUUUUGUAUUAUUUUGAUUAAAUUUUCUUUUCUCUGGAUUUGUUGGAUAGUGUUGGA